AUGUCGCUGGAGGAGAAGUUGGCCAAAAUCAAGUCACCAAAUCUCCAGAGUCAACAGCAUACCGUGGUCGUCUUGGCCUCGAUCGAGGAGACCCUUCGCGAACAAAAAGCCAAACCCACGCCCACAGCAUAUUUCGCGGCUCUACUAGCCCUCCUUAAAGAGUCCUCCUCAUCGGCCCAAAAACGCAGCGAUAAUGAAGUCUUCGCCUCCACCGUCUAUCUUCUCGACCUAGUUACGUCCUACGUUUCCACUAGCCUCCUCCGAACGCAGUUCAAUACAAUUCUCACUCUGCUUGCACCUUUUCUCAGCACUUCGACCACCAAUGCAUCUCUGCUUCGUUCCGCGAUUGGAUGUCUCGAAUCAUUGUUGGUAGCUCAGGAUUCAGCAGCAUGGAAUCUCCCACAGAGCCAAACGAGUCCUCGGCAAGCCGUCCCCGUCCUACUGACACUGGCCAUCGACGCGAGGCCCAAAAUAAGAAAGCGUGCGCAGGAGGCAUUGACCCAAAUUCUGAAAAACCCUCCGCCGGGCCCUGCCAUUGACCACCCGGCCGCAGAGCUGUUGGCGGGUGCUGCCCAAAAUCAUCUCAAGAAUGCCGUGGAUGUGGCUCAUCAAGCCAGGCGACCAAGGGGAAGACCAGAUGACAGUCACGAACCUGCUGUGAUCCAUGCUCUUCAACUCACGAAAACAAUCGCUGUUGCAUCAGGUGGAUGGCCGAGCGAGAAGAUCGAGUCGCUCUGCGAGCUUUUGCUAUCAAUCUCAAAGUCAAGGAAUGACUACUUGGUUAUGAGUGCCUUUGGAGUAUUCGAAGUGAUAUUCGAGGGCAUGCAAGAUGAGGUUUCAUCAUCUAAACUGCCGCGACUGCUGGAAGCAAUUGUGGAGUUAAAGCCGGCUCAGAAUGAUGCACAACUGCUCCCUCCAUGGAUAGCUAUUCUUUCUCGAGGAUAUGGCACCGCGGCGGUAGUGGGGCCUGAAGACACGUUCACGAAAUUACCCGAACUCUUCGACAUGGUAGCGUUCUUCUUAACAAACCCGUCCCACAACAUCAGAAUUUCGGCCUCGGAAUGCCUCAUAUCGUUCUUCGCCAAUUGCAUUCCUGACCACGUCAUAUCUGAUCCGUCCGUACACGAUGAAACCCUCCUUGAGCAGAUAUCCAAAAAGGCACAUGAACUAUUGUCCGUCAAAUAUCAGAUGGCGUGGAUGGAAGUCUUCAGCACGUUCUCGGCUCUUUUUGACGCCUUACGAUGGCGUGGCGAUCCUUUCUUGCUCCACAUAGUGAAAGCAAUAGGAGAACUAAGAAGCAAUGAGGGAUUUCAAGGCAAAAAGGAAGCGGAUGAAGUCCUUGGACACGCCAUUCGCAAUCUCGGCCCUGGAGCAGUGUUGAGUGUCCUCCCUCACAAUCUCACGAAACCACAGCCAGGUCAACCUGGUAGAGCUUGGCUUCUGCCUUUGUUGAGAGAUCAUGUCUCAAACACAAAUCUAGCACACUUCAAGUCCGAUUUGGCCCCUCUCAGUGAAGCGAUGUAUCAGCGCAUCAUUGACCAUGGAGAUGCUGAAAAGACCAUGGAUAUCAAAAUCUUUGAGACUGUGAUACAGCAAGUCUGGGCUGCUCUGCCGGGUUAUUGCGACCUACCACUUGAUUUGCAAGUGGCUUUUGAUCAACCCUUCGCGGAGUUGAUUUCAAAUCUGCUCUACACGCAGACAGAACUCCGUGUCGACCUCUGUCGAGGCUUGCAAAAUCUGGUCGAGUCAAAUCAAGCUCUCCUGGCAUCAGAUUUGCCUGAUGAGGCCCUGUUAUUAGAACGACGCCUACAACGGUCGGAUGCCGAAAAGAAUAUUCAGCACCUGGCUCAAUUUGCAAGCAAUCUUUUGGCCGUCCUCUUCAAUGUUUACAAUCAGACGCUACCACAGUCUCGAGCCUUCAUUUUACAGUGCAUCGAUAGCUAUCUCAGCAUCACCCCCGAAAAGGAUUUGGUGGACACGUUUGAACGGGUGUCGAAAAUGCUGCAGGACGCUCUACCCGAAGCCGACCAACCUCCACCAAAGAAAGAACAGAAUCAGCCUUCUGGCAACAGGCUCCCGCCGACGUCUCACACCCUCCUCGAUCUCGUCAUUGCAAUUUCUGUUCAUCUACCAAGGUCUACUUUUUCAACACUAUUCUCCAUCUCUUCCGAUAUCUUAACAAGCCCCGCGAUCUUAAAAUCCGACCAACAACUCAUCAAGAAAGCAUACAAGCUAAUACCCCGGCUGGCCACAUCCAAGACGGGUGCAGACGCUCUCCAGGCUCGAAAUCGAGAGUUGCAAGAGCUAAUGCUUAGGACUUCCGAGACCACACCAGUACCCGCGCGAAGAGACCGCAUUCUGGCGAUUGAAACGCUGAUCUCCUUCCUUCCUGUGACUGAUCUCCAUUUCAUUCCCAGUAUCCUUAGCGAAGUGGUACUAGCAUGCAAAGACGGCAAUGAAAAGGCACGAACCGCCGGAUUUGCACUCCUCAUUGCAGCUACCAACCGGAUUUCCAACCCAUCAAAUCCGUCAGGCACUGUCAUCCGAAAUCGACUCGUUCCACAUAUGCCAGAUGAUUCACCCGAUGCACCGGCAAGUCUCGAGGAAGUUUUCACUAUGGUCAGUGCCGGCUUGGCAGGCGUCGCUCCCCACAUGGUUGCCGCCAGUGUCAUCGCCUUAAGCAGAAUGCUGUUUGAAUAUCACUCUCAGCUACCCGACAAGACCAAAGGAGAGCUAGUCGACACAGUCUCGAUGUUUCUUCAAUCAAACAACCGCGAAAUCGUCCGCGCCGUGCUUGGCUUCGUGAAAGUCAUGGUGGUGGUGCUGCCGACCGAGAUGGUGGAGCCGAGAAUGCCAUCUCUCGUUCCGGGGUUGAUGAUUUGGAGCAAGGAAAAUAAAGGCCGAUUGAGGGCCAAAGUGAAAGGGAUUCUAGAUCGAUGCUUGAGACGCUUCGGUGCCUCAAAGGUUGAAGGAUGGGUGGCCAGUGACGAUAGGAAAGUGGUGGUCAACAUUCGCAAACGAAGGGAACGCGCAAGAAGGAAGAAGAAAGCCAAUGAAGGCGACGAAGAUGAGGGUGACGCCGGUCGGUCCUCAAUGAAGAAAUAUGACAAUGAAUUCGACGAGGCUGUCUACGGCUCUGAUGACGAUGACUCGGAAAUUGAGGGUGGCGACGAUAGUGAUGCCGAGGACUCGGAUGGCGACGAUACCAUGACUGGUGUUUCAUUCAAGAAACCUUCCGCUUCGAAACGAGAGAAUGAGCUAUAUAUUAUGCAGGACGACGAGGAUGACGAGCCGCUUGACCUGCUAGAUCCUAGAAGCAUGGCGAGUAUUACAAGCAUGAGGCUAGGACGUCUGAGAGGUGCGGAAAAAGGAGUGAAGAAGACCAAAGCCACGCUCAGGGAAGACGGAAAACUCGUUCUCGGCGGCCAGGAGGACGGCGACAAUGAUGAUGUCGCUAUGGGCGGAGCUCAAGACAAUUCGGUCAAUGCAUACCUUGACGCUGUGUCAGGUGCAGACGCAGUCCGACGAGGCCAGAAGGGACGAUUGAAAGUAAAAUCGGGCAUGCAGAAAAAAGCAAAACAGGACUCUCAGAAACGUGAGGACGAUGAAAUGGAUCUCGAUCUCAAUGUUGAAGAGGCCAGGCAGGUGGCCCGGCGCAUCAUGCAAGGCAGUGGCGGGCUCAGGUCUCCUGGAGGGAAAGAUCCUAAACAGCAGCGACGCGGACUCGGUGUUGAGAAGAGCAAGAACCGCAAUCAGUCCCAGUCUCGGCAACAGAAGCAGAGACAGAAAUUUCGCGGCGGAAGCGGCGUGGGCAAACGCAGUGGGAGUAGGAGGAGGAAUGUACGUUUCACGGGACGCAAUGGUGGGAGGAGGUAA